AUGAACAAAUCUAGUGAAUACAGAUGUGUAUUCAAUCACAUCGAUAUAGAUGGAAAUGGGUUUGAAGAUUUUGUUGGAUUAAUGGAAAGCGCAAAGGAAGAAGAGAAGCUUGAGGACUUGAGGAAAGCUUUCAGAAUGUAUGAAAUGGAUGGGACUGAUUGCAUCACUCCGAAAAGCUUAAACAGGAUGCUGAAUCGACUCGGUGAGUCGAGAAGUGUGGAUGAAUGUGUUGGGAUGAUUAAUCGAUUUGAUCUCAAUGGUGAUGGAGUUCUUAAUUUUGAUGAAUUCAAACAAAUGAUGCUUUGA